AUUUACCCCAGACUUUUUCGCCUCUCACCAUUUUCAGCCCCAAACCGGAAGGUCUCCGGGAAAUCAAGCAAUUAUAGUGUCCCCCUGCGGAACCAAUGACCCCGCCUCGCUCCAUCUAUGGCUCUCGCAUCGUUGCCAAGCCAUGCAAGAGCGACCUCCUCUAUGACGGUACUGCGGGGGAGCGCGUCUUGGGUGCAUAUCCGCCUACUCUAGUUAUGUAAACGGUAAGUCCGAACCGAGAUCACGAUGCAUGCCUUGUUGUUGUAGUGCCACAGACUAGCGUACACGGGCUGCAUAGGUUUGUGUAUAAGAAGGACAUCGCUCCCUCGACGGAUCAGCAUCCUACCAAGGUCCUGCUCUUUUCAAUUCCAUCAGGCACCAUGAUCACCAAAGGACUUUUAGCUCUUGGAACAGCGGUACCCGCACUUGCGGGUUCGCUUGUUCAACGACAGAGCUCGUCGCUUGAGGGAUGCCCCGGAUAUACCGCCAGCAAUCUCCAAGAUGAUGGCUCCAGGGUCACCGCAGACCUCAGCCUUGCAGGCGCCGCUUGCAAUGUUUAUGGCGAGGACUUGACUGACCUGAAGUUGGAAGUCGAGUAUCAGACUGCCGACCGACUCCAUGUCAAGAUCUUCGACGCCGCCGAACAGGUCUUCCAGAUCCAAGAGUCUGUCUGGCCGCGUCCUUCCGGCAGUGAGGGUGUCAGCCCGGAAGACUCUGCUCUGGCAUUCACCUGGACCGACAGCCCUUUCUCGUUCGCCAUCACGCGUAGGGAGACCAACGAGACCCUCUUCGACACGUCGGCUGCAUCUCUUGUCUUUGAGUCACAGUUCCUCCGUCUGAGGACCGCUCUGCCUCCUUCUCCAAACCUAUACGGUCUUGGUGAAUCGACAGAUCCGUUCCACCUAAACACCACCAACUACACCCGUACUCUCUGGAACCGAGAUGCCUACGGCACCCCAGAAGGGUCCAACCUUUACGGAGCUCACCCAAUUUACUUCGAUCACCGCGGUGAGAACGGAACCCAUGGUGUCUUCUUGGCCAGCUCCGAGGGCAUGGACAUCAAGAUCGACGACUCCGAGGGUCAGUACCUCGAGUACAACACCCUUGGUGGUAUCCUUGAUUUCUACUUCCUUGCUGGUCCUGGACCAAAGGAAGUCGCAACCCAGUACUCCGCUCUUUCCGGCCUUCCUGCCAUGAUGCCGUACUGGGGUUUUGGUUCCCACCAGUGCAAGUACGGUUACCGUGAUGUCUGGCAAGUUGCCGAGGUUGUUGCCAACUACUCUGCUGCGGACAUACCUCUAGAGACCAUGUGGACGGAUAUUGACUACAUGGAGCUCCGCCGCCUGUUCACCCUGGAUCCAGAGCGUUACCCGCUUGACCUUGUCCGCCAACUCGUUGAUUACAUCCACGCUCACCAGCAGCACUACAUCAUGAUGGUCAACUCCGCUGUCUGGAGUGGUGACUACGACGGCUACAACAACGGAGCUGCGCUUGACGUGUUUCAAAAGCGUCCUAACGGCUCUUUCUUUGAGGGUGCUGUCUGGCCAGGUCCCACGGUAUUCCCUGACUGGUUCCACCCCAACACACAGCAGUACUGGGACGAGCAGUUCGCUUCGUUCUUCGACCCGGCAACUGGUGUUGACAUCGAUGGCCUCUGGAACGACAUGAACGAGCCUGCAAACUUCUGCCCGUACCCUUGCCUCGACCCCGAGGCCUAUUCUGAGGAGUCCAAGAACCCUCCCAAGCCACCACCAGUCCGCACCUCCGCUGACGGUCGCCAGAUCCCUGGCUUCCCAGCAGACUUCCAGCCUCAAUCCAACUCUAGCGCGGUUCGCCGAUCAAGCGCUCAGCUCAAGAAGCUUUCCAACGUCAAGCGUCAAGCUUCCAACAACACUGCUGACCUUGCUGCACACCCCGGUCUUCCUGGCCGCGACUUGAUCAACCCGGAGUACCAGAUUGCGAACGCCGCUGGAUCUAUCAGCAACAAGACGCUCGAUACUGAUAUCCAGAACUACGACGGAACGUACCACUACGACACCCACAACUUCUGGGGUUCGAUGAUGUCGAUUGCUUCGCACAAGAGUAUGCUUAUGCGCCGUCCCGAGCGCCGUCCAUUGAUCAUCACCCGCUCUACUUUCGUCGGUCUUGGCACAUACCUAGGAAAAUGGCUCGGCGACAACGUCUCGGAAUGGGCGCAAUACCGCUUUUCAAUCGCCGGCAUCUUAAACUUCAACUCCAUCUACCAGAUUCCCAUGGUCGGCCCCGAUAUCUGCGGUUUUGCCGGUAACACCACGGAAACCCUCUGUGCACGUUGGGCAACACUUGGUGCCUUCUACCCCUUCAUGCGAAACCACGCUGGCGACACGUCAAUUGACCAAGAAUACUACCGCUGGCCAUUAACCACAGCCGCAGCCAGGAAUGCUAUUGCAGUACGCUACAGACUACUCGACUACUUCUACACUGCGUUCCACCGCCAGACCACCACGGGUGUACCCAGUCUGAACCCCCUGUGGUUCCACUACCCCUCUGACGCCAACACCUUCGCCAUCGAGCACCAAUUCUUCUACGGCGACGCCAUUCUCGUCUCUCCUGUAUUGGAAGAAAACUCGACCUCCGUGUCCAUCUACCUGCCCAACGAAAUCUUCUACGACUACUGGACCGGCGAGCGCAUCCAAGGUCACGGCUCGAUGAUCAACCUCACAGACGUCGGUUUCGACACCAUUCCCCUGCACAUCCGCGGCGGAUCCAUCUUGCCUCUCCGCGCCGAAUCCGCAAACACAACCACGGAGCUCAGGAAGAAGGAUUUCGUACUGUGGAUCGCGCCCAAUGCGACGAAUCAAGCUGAGGGAUCGCUGUACCUCGAUGAUGGUGAUAGCAUUGAGCAGCCGGCCGUGUCCAUGAUCUCUUUUACGUACGACAAUGGCGCAUUCAGCAUGAGCGGUGAGUUUGGAUACCAGACUGAGGUUGUUGUGAAGAACAUUACUGUGCUGGGUUGCGAGCAGAGUCUUCAGGGUCCUGUUGCGCUGGAUGGAAAGUUUGAACAUGUCUUUGGCGAUUGCGCAGCUGGUUAUUCGGGUAAGGCGCCGAGGAGGGGUUUGGCGUAGUGGUGUUGUUGUUGAAUUGAUGGGGUUGUGGGUUGACCAUGUUUCCAUUGCAUGUAGUAAGGGAAGAUGACAUGGGAGCGCGAUUAGCAGCCGCUUCCAGGAAUUAAUCCAAGUGAGAUGCUAAAGACG